GGGAGGCUGGGAUUGCGCGGGGACCCCCGAGGGCAGCGCAGCGCGGCGCGGCGCGGCGGGGCAGAGGCGGGUCGGGGUCGGGUCGGGGCUGGCGGCGGGUCGGGGGGCGGCCGCGGGGCCGGGCCAUGGCUGCGCUGCUCGGCACCUACCGCUGGCCGGAACGGCUGGAGGGGGACGCCAGCGAGGGGCUGCCUCCGGGGCCCCCCCAGCGUUGUCCGGCGGGAGAGAAAAGCUCCGAGAGCCGCAUCCGCCGGCCCAUGAACGCCUUCAUGGUGUGGGCGAAGGACGAGAGGAAGCGGCUGGCGGUGCAGAACCCCGACCUGCACAACGCGGAGCUCAGCAAGAUGCUCGGCAAGUCCUGGAAGGCUCUGAGCCUCUCGCAGAAGCGUCCCUACGUGGAGGAGGCCGAGCGGCUGCGGGUGAAGCACAUGCAAGAUUACCCCAACUACAAAUACCGGCCCCGGCGCAAGAAGCAGGUCAAGCGCAUCUGCAAGCGGGUGGACCCCGGUUUUUUGCUGGGCAACCUGACGCGGGACCAAAACGCCGUGCCAGAGAAGCGGACCUGCGGCCGGGCCGGGGGGGAGAAAGAGGGUCCGGGUGAGUACCCGCCUCGCCCGGGGCUGCCGGCCGGCCGGGGAUACCGGGAAGCUCCGUGCAGCAGCAGCGGCAGCAGCACCAGCGUGGACACCUACCCCUACGGGCUGCCCACCCCCCCGGAGAUGUCUCCGCUGGACGCCAUAGACCCCGAGCAGAGCUUCUUCUCCUCGCCCUGCCCCGAGGAGCAUCACCGCUCCCACCUCGCCGGAGCCACCUACUCCCCGGAGUACGCGGGCAGCUCCCUCCCGUGCAACCACCACCCCCUCAGCCCCAUCCCGCAGCCGGCCACCUGCAUGAUCCCCCCGGCCUCCAGCUGCACUCCUCUUCCUCCUCCUCCUCCUCCUCCCAGCUACUACACGCCCGCCUUCCCCUCCCUGGCCCCCCCCAGCCUCCAUGCCCACCUGGGCCAGCUCUCCCCGCCACCCGACCACCACGGCUUUGACACCUUGGACCAGCUGAGCCAAGCCGAGCUCCUGGGGGAGAUGGACCGCAACGAGUUCGACCAAUAUCUCAACAACCCCGGCCACGGCGACCACCACGGCGGCGUCUUGGUCAACGGACACGUCCCGGCGUCCGGCAGCUCCCACGCCUCCGAGACCAGCCUCAUCUCCGUCCUUGCUGAUGCCACGGCCACCUACUACAAUAACUACAGCGUCUCCUAGACCCCCGGCCGGGGCCCAGGAAGGACCCGACACAGUAUUACCAGGCGUUGCUGCCCGGAGACGUCGCUCGCCACCACCCCUCAGGGUGACCGAGUCCGAACCGUGAGGGCUGCGGAGUCUCCUCGGUGGCGUAGGUAAAGGAUUUCGGUCGUCAGCUCACCACCGGUGCAAAGCCUGGGGUGCCCUGCUCCCAGCGGGGCCGGGGAGGGCAUUUCCCAAUGCCGAAACCCUUGGGCGAAGUCCCUCUUCCAAAGCAGAGAUGCUCCCGGCAGCGCGGGAAGGUUGCCUGUCGUUUCGGGGCACCCCCAGCUCUGCUUUGGAGUUGGGAGGACGGCAGCAAUCUCCCCCCCACCCCCCAAAACGGCAGCUCUGGAGUCUUGUCAGGGGCAAAAAUCCCCCUGGAAAGGGAAAAGGCGAGGGAUGGGGCAGGGGGGAAGGGAAGAUUUUGGUAAAGGGUCUGCGAGCCGCUCUCGGCUGCUGGCAUCGGCGUUGCGGCAGCCCGUGCGCCGGUGGGGGCGAAACCUGCCUCGUCCCCCCCGCCCCCAGACCUGGAGUUGGGGGCUUCAAUCCCAAAGGGGAGGGGACACCAGGGAUGCUGCCGGGCUAUCCCUGGGGAUGCGCGGCGGUGGGGUGGCAGGGGGGCAGCAAGCCCCCCGGGGCGCUCAGCUUUGCGCCUUCCCGAGGAGGGUAAGAGCAGGGCUUGGAAAAAGCAGGAUGCGGCCAGCAUCCGCGUCCCCCGCCAUGGCUUCCCCUCGGCCCCCCAGCGGAGCCGCCCUCCCCGGAGCGCGGCCUGGGACGAGCACUUGGGGCAAAGAGGUGAUGAUGUAGCAGACACGUGUUUUUAUUUUUUGAAUCAAACACCCUUCGAAGGCGAAGGCUUCACGUUUCGAGCCGCGGUGCCCAAUGCCUCUUCUAACUCCGGCGUAUUAUUGCUUGUAAUAAAGCUGUACAUUGAUUUAUUCCUGCCAUUAUUCCUCCCCCUCGGAUUUUGUAUUGCUCGAGUUCUCUUCCUUUUCAUAAAGAUGAAGCUUUAUUUUAAAUCAGUUAUAUGACAUGAUUAAUCUUAGUGUUUACUGUAUGGCACUUGGUAAUGAUUAGUUAGUAGCGUGACUAUGAUUUUCUGGUUUCAGUCCCAAGCGUGUAUUAAUAAUAAUUGCAAAUAAUACUUUAAAAAAAAAAACAAACCAAACCCACAACUUCACAGGUUUUUAAGCUAAUACAUUCCAUCUUUUUUGUGUGACUCUAUGCAUUUUGAAUGAGUGUAGAUAUGAGUUUGCAUAAAAUAUUUAAUUUAAAUAAAUGUUUUUAUACAAUGAUUGUUUUAUGAUUUAAAUUGCUGUAGCUAUUGACAAAGUUUUCAAAACAGAAACAUUUCCUGUGCGAGUGCUAUUUUUUUAAUUUUGUUUUGUUGUUGGUGGUAUUUUCAGCCAAACUUUUCUACUUCCUUUUUUUUUUUUUUUUUUUU